AUUUUGUAAAGAACACACCAUGUUGGUGAAGUAUGUGAACUGUGUGCAGCCUUUUAAUGUAUUGUAAUAUCAUUUUCAGAAUUGUAAGUCAGAAGUUAAUGUGUUUUAUGCAUAGGGCUGAAGGGUUAAAAUGAACUUAGGUUGUAUAGGUGAUUAAAGCUGAACAGGUGACCUGUCUGUCAAUACAAACAUAUUAAACCUGUAUAGUACACCCCUUUCUGGCAGUCAUGGAGUUAAAAGCUGUGUUGCCAUGUUAUGCUUGUAUUACUUCAGGACAGUGAUUGGAUACAUGAAAACUGCUCUCAUAAUUAUGUUUUAAAGAGUUACAUAGCAGAGGGGUUAAUAGCUGUUCUCAGAAUAGGAAUCCCCCAGCCCCCUCCUCCCUCUGCUCCUUCUCCUCGGGAUUUCUUGGCUUUGAUGAAGAGCACUUGCCGAUCUGUUGCUGCUGUCCUUGGUGAUGCAGAGCUCAAUCCAAUUAGCUUUCACCUCUAGAGCCUCUGAGCCAGCUUGUGGGGGAUCCAGCCCGGACUAUCCCUGGUGAAGGAGAGUUCUGUACUCGUGUGAUAGUGGCAGUGGGCUAUAUUCUAUUCCACUUGAAAAGCCUAUCACAGAAUUUAUCUACAAAGUCUCUAUAGGUGCAUCUGCUGAACUGCCUUCCAUUCCACAGUGCACAUCCGCAGCACACAGCCGCCCAUCUCAUUGCAUGUAAGGGAUGUUGCACACGACAUGCAGCUGAUCACAAGUACAACCCAUCUCUCCUCCAUGGCUUUACUGACACUUUAUUAUUUCAGAUACUGUUUGCUGCUUUAGACUUGUUGAACUCUGGAUCUGUCUAACAUAUUGGGAUGGAAGAGAUGGGACAAAACAAAAACUGGCAGUACAGUGUGAAAACUCUUCUGAACAUCAUCUAAUAGCACCACCCUUGUAGAAAAGAUGCACCCAAUCUACCUGUGCGUGUCAAGCUUAUGUUCAUGCAGAACUGGAUCAUUCUGAACAAGGUCAAGAAAGGUUUUAUCCAUCUUACGUGGCACUUGCCUAUAUAUCAUCAUCUCAUCUAUUUUUCCCAUGACUGUUGAUUGAGAAUUUUGAGAUAGCUGCCAUAUUUUCUACAACAUGGCAGAAAAAGCACCGCCAGGGCUCAACAGGAAAAUAUCAAGGUCAACUUUAUCCCUUCCUCCAGAGCCUGUGGAGAUAAUAAGAAGCAAGGCAUGUUCACGAAGAGUGAAAAUAAACGUAGGGGGUUUGAAUCAUGAAGUGUUGUGGAGAACUUUAGACAGACUUCCAAGGACUAGAUUAGGAAAACUAAGAGAUUGCAACACCCAUGAAUCUCUGCUGGAAGUAUGCGAUGACUAUAAUCUUAAUGAGAAUGAGUAUUUUUUUGACCGACAUCCUGGAGCUUUUACAUCUAUUUUGAAUUUCUAUAGGACAGGGAAAUUACAUAUGAUGGAAGAGAUGUGCGCUCUGUCAUUUGGUCAGGAACUUGAUUACUGGGGAAUUGAUGAGAUAUAUUUGGAGUCAUGUUGUCAGGCAAGAUAUCAUCAAAAGAAAGAACAGAUGAAUGAGGAGCUGAGGAGAGAAGCAGAGACACUAAGAGAGCGAGAAGGAGAAGAAUUUGAUAACACAUGCUGUCCAGAUAAACGGAAAAAGCUAUGGGACUUGCUGGAAAAACCUAAUUCAUCAGUAGCGGCAAAGAUAUUGGCAAUCAUAUCGAUCUUAUUUAUUGUUCUAUCAACAAUUGCAUUAUCACUGAACACACUACCUGAGUUGCAAGAAACAGAUGAAUUUGGACAACCAAAUGACAACCCUCAGCUUGCUCAUGUUGAAGCUGUAUGUAUUGCCUGGUUCACAAUGGAGUAUCUUUUGCGUUUUCUUUCUUCACCAAAUAAAUGGAAGUUUUUUAAGGGCCCAUUGAACAUCAUCGAUUUAUUGGCCAUCUUACCCUACUAUGUCACCAUUUUCCUGACAGAAUCAAACAAAAGUGUUCUUCAAUUUCAAAAUGUUAGACGCGUUGUUCAAAUAUUCCGUAUUAUGAGGAUACUGCGUAUCCUGAAGCUAGCCAGACAUUCAACUGGCCUUCAGUCUCUAGGGUUUACUCUUAGAAGGAGUUAUAAUGAACUGGGAUUAUUGAUAUUAUUUUUAGCAAUGGGAAUUAUGAUAUUUUCCAGUUUAGUUUUCUUUGCUGAAAAAGAUGAGGAUGCAACAAAGUUUACUAGUAUACCCGCAUCAUUUUGGUGGGCUACCAUAACAAUGACCACUGUUGGCUAUGGAGACAUUUACCCUAAAACAUUAUUGGGUAAAAUAGUUGGGGGACUUUGUUGCAUUGCUGGAGUACUUGUAAUAGCAUUACCAAUACCAAUUAUUGUAAAUAAUUUCUCAGAGUUCUAUAAGGAACAGAAAAGGCAAGAAAAGGCAAUAAAGAGGAGAGAGGCACUUGAAAGAGCUAAACGGAAUGGAAGUAUUGUGUCCAUGAAUCUUAAAGAUGCAUUUGCUCGCAGCAUGGAACUGAUCGAUAUUGUUGUAGAUAAAACAGGAGAGGAAACUAGUAAAACAGAAAAAACUAAUGAUAAUCAUUUAUCUCCUAGUCGAUGGAAAUGGGCAAGAAGGACAAUGUCUGAAACAAGCUCAAACAAAUCAUUUGACAAUAAGUAUCAGGAGGUUAGUCAACAUGAUUCACAAGAACUGUUGAACAAUUCAUCUUCUAGCCCUCAGCAUCUCAGUGCACAAAAACUAGAAGAGCUCUAUAAUGAAAUAACAAAAGCUCAGUCACAUCCAAGUGUCAAUUCAGUCUACAUUGAACAGUCUGCUAUCCCACCAGCAUAUGAGGAAGAAAUAGAAAUGGAAGAGGUUUCCUCAAAUAGAAAUCAACUUUCGGUAGCUCGUAGGGAUGUAGUAACUGAUAUGAGAAGUGUUUCCAGCAUUGACAGCUUUACAAGUUGUGCAACAGAUUUUACUGAAACAGAAAGAUCUCCUCUCACACCAUUCCCUCAUCUUGAAAUUAGGUUCCCAUCAUACACUGUGUCUGAGGAAGGUAGUCAGAACAUUAAAGUCUCUCAUUUCUUGCCACGUUCAAAAUACACAAGUUUUGCUCCCAAAGAUGUAACGUUUGAAUAUAAGUUAUCUGAAAAUACUGUGAAAAAUGAUAAUGGAAACCCUCAAAUUUCUAUGCAAGAUCAAACUGGGAAUGAAAUUGAAAGUCCUCAAAGUUCAUUGAACAUUAACAAUCCACUUAAAACAAAACCUUUGAAAGUUAACUUCAAAGAAACAAAAGGUAAUUUCCAACCACCACAAACCAGUAUUACAAGUCCAACACCAGUAAAUACAGUAGAGCAUCCUUUGUACACCCAUCUUCAACUAAGUACACUUUUCCUUCAUGAUUUUCCAGCCCAGGACCAAUCAUCAAAGCCACAAACUGAAGGACAAAAUGUACUUCCCAAAACAUCUCCAUCUCGUAAUCCAAAAUUUUUUGCACUCACUUCAAAAAAGAGAAGCAGUUUUACUGAAAUAGAUACAGAAGAUGAAGACUUCUUGCAAAUUUGUGGCACAAAAAAUGAUACUCAGGAGAAAAUCAAGACAAACUGCAUUGAGGAAAAAUCUGAUGGAAAUCACAUAACAGCUGAAAGUGCGGUAGUCUCACCACCAAAAAACAUAAGUCAAAACUGUACUCAGGACAUUUAUCUUGCAGCAGAUGACACAACGCAGGACAAUAACCAGGAAGAUAGUAAAGUGGAAAAUCACCUAUCCAUUCCCGAAAUCCACUCAGAUACUGGGGAAACAGGGUAUUGUCAAACACGUGAAACCAGCAUGUGACUAGCUGUAAAAGCAAUAAUGACUUUUUUCUUAAAAGCACUAAGGUUGGUAACGCCUGUGAACUAAAAAAAUAAAUAAGAAAAGCCUCAAAGAAGUAUAUAAACUAUUCAUUUUGCAUGGCAUGAAGGAUUGUUUAGUUUAAAUAGUACAGGAACUACCUUUUGUAACAAAAUAUAAAAUGAUUCAACAGCGGUGUGUAAUAAAGAAAGGUCUAUUGAGA